GGCGGAACAAUAGAAGGCCUGGCUGGUAUGUUGGGUUGUGAAGAAUCACUGGGUGGACCAGAGCUAGAGCUGAACCGACUGGGCUAAAUUUCACCACACCUUUUUUGGAGACAACUUCACCCAUAGGGUUACAUCAUAGUCCACUGGAUACUUCCAUCCCAUUACAUGGAAUAAAUCUGGAUCUAAAUCCUACUUUUGUUUUUUUUCGUCUUCACUGAUGGCAUGGCUUUAUAAGACACUUGAUUUUUCUUGAAGUGUUUGCAAACUUGUCGGAAAUACGAAGUGAAAUAACUGUUUAAGUUAGUUUUUAUUCCAAAAAUGGAGCAACAAGCAGCCGGAGGGGAGGACCCAAACAAAUCCUCCAAAAAGAAAUCCACCGAGGAAGAGAGUAAAAACAAAAAACUGAACAUUCACAUAAAAACAUUGGCUGAUGACAUGCGUGACAGAAUCACCAGUUUUCGAAAGCAAGGCAUGAAAAAGGAGAAGCCUCUCAUUCAGCACCCCACAGACCCCAUCUCCAACCAGAACGAGCUGCCCGUGCCCCAGCCGUUCUUCGACGAGCGCUCCAUGAACCUGUCAGAGAAAGAGGUCAUUGACUUGUUUGAGAAGAUGAUGGAGGACAUGAAUCUGAAUGAAGAGCGGAAGGCCCCCUUGCGUGGAAAGGGCUUGAGCACCAAACGUGAGAUGGUGGUCCAGUACAUUUCUGCUACGGCUAAAUCUAUAACUGGGAGCAAAUUUGUGGGUGGACUGAGGAACAGCAAGCACGAGUGUACGCUCUCAUCACAGGAGUACGUGCACGAGCUGCGCUCAGGCAUCUCUGAAGACAAACUGCUAAACUGUCUGGAGUCCCUGCGUGUGUCCUUGACCAGCAACCCCGUAAGUUGGGUGAAUAACUUUGGCCAUGAGGGUCUUGGACUUCUUUUGGAUGCGCUGGAGAAGCUUCUUGACAAGAAACAGCAAGAGAACAUUGACAAGAAAAACCAGCAUAAACUCAUCCAAUGCCUCAAAGCCUUCAUGAACAAUAAGUAUGGCCUGCAAAGGAUCUUGGGGGAUGAACGAAGCCUUCUCCUCCUGGCGAGAGCCAUUGAUCCCAAGCAGACGAAUAUGAUGACUGAGAUCGUAAAGAUUUUGUCAGCUGUCUGUAUCAUUGGAGAGGAGAACAUUCUGGAUAAAAUCCUGGCAGCCAUGACCAUAGCAGCAGAGAGGAAUAAUAAGGAGAGGUUUGCUCCAAUAGUUGAGGGGCUGGAGAACCAUGAAGCCCAGCAGCUACAGGUGGCCUGCAUGCAGCUGAUCAAUGCCCUCGUUACCUUCCCGGAUGAUUUAGACUUCAGGAUGCACUUACGAAAUGAGUUCCUGCGCUGUGGCCUCAAGAAGAUCCUACCAGAACUUAAAGAGACUGAGGAGCUUGACAUUCAGCUGAAGGUGUUUAAUGAAAAUAAGGAGGAGGAUUCCAUCGAGCUGUCACACCGAUUUGAUGACAUCCGUGCCGAAAUGGAUGACAUGGGUGAGGUGUAUCAUCUCCUGUCCAACAUGGUGAAAGACACGGGUUCAGAAUCUUACUUUCUGUCCAUCCUCCAGCACCUGCUGCUCAUCAGGAAUGAUUAUUAUAUCAGGCCUCAGUAUUACAAGGUAAUAGAGGAGUGUGUGUCCCAAAUCAUCCUCCACCGCAGUGGCAUGGACCCUGAUUUUGGCUACAGAGAGAGGCUAGAUGUAGACUUCAGUCACCUCAUUGAUCAGUGUGUAGAUAAAGCCAAAGUGGAAGAGAGUGAGCAGAGAGCAGAUGAAUUCUCCAAAAAGUUCGACGAGGAGUUCAGCGCACGGCAGGAAGCACAGGCUGAGCUGCAGAAACAGGAGGAGAAAAUUAAAGGGUUGGAGGCCCAGAUCAACACCCUACAGGCCCAGUUGACUAGUGAGAGAGACAAGCUAAAAGAGGCAGAGAAAUGCAUCAGUGAAAGAAACAACAAGGUUGAAACCGGAGUUGCAGGUGCCAUUCCUCCACCACCAGGUGGCAUUGCACCUCCUCCUCCACCUCCACCACCCCCUCCACCACCUCCAACUGGAGGUAUUCCACCUCCACCCCAACCAGCAGGUCUGGGACCUCCACCACCCCCACCUCCACCCGGGUGUGGCCCUCCACCUCCACCCCCACCUCCUGGUGGAGGCCCUCCCCCACCUCCGGGAAUGGCUCCUCCCCCACCUGUCAUCCAGUUGCCUUAUGGGCUGGUGCCUAAGAAGACAUACAAACCAGAGACCAUCAUGAAGCGGGUGAACUGGUCGAAGAUAGUGCCUCAGGAGAUGGCAGAAAAUUGCUUUUGGCUCAAAGUCAAAGAGGAGCGCUUUGAGAACAUGGACACGUUCAACCAACUUUCACUUGCCUUCUCUUCUAAAACCAGAGUGAAAAAGGACGUGGACAAAACAGAUGACAGGAUGACACAAUUCAAGAAAAAAGCGAAAGAGCUGCGAAUUCUGGAUGCCAAGACAGCCCAGAAUCUGUCAAUUUUUCUGGGAUCAUUCCGACUGCCUUACGAAGAGAUUCGGGAUAUCGUGCUGGAGGUGGAUGAGGAGAGGCUAAGUGAAUCGCUAAUCCAGAAUCUGAUCAAGAACCUCCCUGAGCAGAAGGAGCUGAGUAGUCUGGCUGAGCUGAAGAAUGAAUACGAGGAGCUAUGUGAGUCAGAGCAAUUUGGCAUUGUGAUGAGCUCAGUGAAGAUGCUGCGUCCUCGGUUGAAUGGGAUCCUGUUCAAGCUGACGUUUGAGGAGCAGGUGAACAAUAUCCGGCCAGAUAUCAUGAACGUGGCAAUCGCCUGCGAGGAGGUGAAGAAAAGUGAGGGUUUCAGCAUGUUGCUGGAGAUGGUGCUGCUGAUCGGGAAUUACAUGAAUGCUGGCUCCCGAAAUGCUCAGACGUUUGGCUUCAACAUCAGCUUCCUUUGCAAGCUUUGUGACACAAAGUCGACAGACCAGAAUAUGACUCUUCUGCACUUCCUUUCUGAGAAGUGUGAAGAAAAGUAUCCUGAGAUCCUGAAGUUCCCAGAUGAGCUGCAGCAUGUGGAGAGUGCCAGCAAAGUGUCUGCCCAGAUCCUAAAAGCCAGCCUGGACACAAUGGAACGCCAUAUUCAGAGACUGGAGAACGACAUCCAGAAUUUCCCCAAGACCGUUGAAAAGCAGGAUAAGUUUGUGGAAAAAAUGUCUGGCUUCUCCAAGCAUUCGCGAGAGCAGUACGAGAAGCUUUCCACCAUGCACAAGAACAUGCAGAAACUCUACGAGAGCCUGGGGAGCUACUUCGCCUUCGACCCACACACUGUCAGCAUUGAGGACUUCUUCGGAGACCUGGCUAACUUCCGCAACCACUUCAUGGAUGCUGUGCGGGAGAACCACAAGAAGAGGGAGCUGGAGGAGAAGAUCAAGAGAGCCAAGCUAGCAAAGGAGAAGGCUGAGCGAGAGAAGCAAGAGAGACAGCAGAAGAAGAAACAGCUGAUUGACAUGAACAAAGAAGGUGAUGAGACAGGCGUGAUGGACAGCCUGAUGGAGGCCCUGCAGUCUGGAGCAGCCUUCCGUGACCGCAGGAAACGAACCCCACGCAAUGGUGAUCAAAGCCCUUCCUGUACUGCACCUCGGUGGCCGGGUGCUAACCAUGACAACCGUCUCACUGGUUUGGAAAGAUCCCGUUCGCGCCACAAUGCAAACCCUAUGGUCCGAUGAUCGCUUGCCGGCUACAGACGUUUGCCAAGUGCCAAAGACCCAAGAGGGGGGACACUGAGGAGGGCUGAACAGGAAUUGAGAGAGCCUGCCCCUCACGGCAUUUCCUGCUCACCCGUCAUUCGCAUACCUACACAUCCACAUGCAUGCAGAAUGCAGAACAAAACCUCAAAGACAUGUUCAACAGGUCCAGAACCAUGACCCUUACUCCUCUCUGCCUUACAAACCUGGACAAUUUGUUCUUACUUUUGUGUUUAUUUCCUGGGGCCUGUUAAAUUAAGGGGUGCUUGUUUUUAUUUUUUGUUUGUUUGUUAUUUUCAUGAUUGUGCCAGUUCUGUUUAUAUCUCAGGACACUAACUCCCCUGGCUCACAUUCAUCCUGCUAUCUGCAAACAGUCUUGAUUGACUGCAUUUUGAUAUCUAGCUAUUGGAUUUUUUAAGCGCACAAACACUCUUCUUGCUGACAAAAGGCCAAAAGCACCAGAGAGGACUGAGUGAUUCUGAAUGCAUAUCAGCAAAGGGACUUUAUUCACUGCAUUGAUUGAACAAAAACCUUGGCUUGAUUGAUUCUGCCACCCCUCCUGCUUUUUAUUCCACAUGACAAAUAGCAUUUAGAUUUUUAGUCUAUAACUUCACCAUAAGCCCUGCUCUGCUACAUAUUUUCUCUAAUCAGUGCCUCUCAUAAUAUAUUACAGAUUUUAUAUAUGUAGCAACAUAAAAAAGCUACUGAUUUUAGCAUCAGUGCAACAUUGUGUACACAUUUGUGCUGUGUAACAGCUGCCAGCUGCCAUAAGGUACCUGUGCUGGUAGAAAGAUAUUGCUCUUUAUCUACAGUUAACACUUCAAACAUAUGUAGACAUUUCGAUUGCAGAAUCAAAGGUUUUAUUAAACGAAUCUGCUGGCGUGUAAAGCAAACAGGAAUCAAAGAGAUGCCAUACAUUUCUGUUUUCAAUCAUUUCACAGGGUUUCUUUUUAUUUAUUUUGAAGUCAAUGUACUUUAGCCUUCUUGUAGAAUAGUAUUUUACUGAACUGUAGCUUAGUGUAUUGUCAAGAUCCAUUGGUCAUCUUUAAAAGCUCUAAGAUGUGUAACAUAUUCAGCCCCUCCACAUUUCACCUCGCCAUCUUAGCCCUGUCUCACAUUUAAAAUAAAUAAAUUACGCAAAUCGUUUGUCCAAAACAAUAUCAAUGAUCAUAUUUAGUCUACUAGCCAUCUGUAGCACCUCCUUUGUACUCAAAUCUCAUAUUAGUGUCAAUCUUUCAUCAUUUGAAAAAUAUGUAUUUAUUGAGAGUUUGCCAGAUAUGUGAAUAGAAACCAGAAUCCAGAGAAGAGGCAUCUUGGAUGUGAGGAUGUACAGAGGUAAAAUACUGACAGUGAAGGAGUGUUGACCACGUCGUGGCUGCCAUCAUGUGAAAGCCAUUAGUGAAAUCUCUUUGUCACCUCCCCAAACUUAAGCUUGUUUAAGCUUUUUGGCACGUUUUUCUGCCUCCCAUUUCCAUAACACUGCAGGCAAACUAUAUGCAAAACAGUGUCUUCUCUCUUUUGUGUGACUGGAGCAAUGCUGCCUAACAUACUGGUACAUGCCACACUGAAAUUCCAGUAUCUCCUGCAUUCAUAAACAAAGGCAACAUGUUGAGUUUGCACAUACGAUGCAUUAAUUACCCCAAAGUCCCACCAGAUGCUAUUUUUCCAGUAUUAAAUAAGUUUUGUUCAAAUGCAAGUGACUAAAGUGAAGUGCAGAAUGUCCAUGCUUUUAAACAAACCUCUGUUAGUCCAGCUUUCUCCUCACACUGUGUUUGUCAUGCACUCUCUCUCUCGAGGAGAGAGGAAAGGUCGAGUUGUGGUGUAUAGCAAUCCAUUGAUUUUCUUUUCUAAUUAAAACUGCCCUUUGAAUUGUAUCCAGAGCCACACAAAAGAAGCUGCCCUAGGUUCACACUGCUCGCACUACUAUUUAAAACUCAUGUUAAUUGCAGAUGCCUCCAACAUGCAUUUUUAUUUCCCAGUCUGCUCAAACUCAGAGACCACUAACAUACAUUUUCUGACAGACAGCGUCACUGUCAAUGAAUUAAUCCACAACAAUACUGUUAUUUCUGGGAAAUAAUUUUAAUAAAAAUUGUAUUUUAUUUUGCUGAUAUUGGUUUUGAUUUAUGUGCAAAAUUUCACAAUGAGAAAGGUUACUAUACUAAAAUUGUUCCUGUUGUUAUUGUUUAUAUGACUGAAAGGGAGAGUAAGAGGGAAAAUCUCAGUUGAGACUGAUUUGUUAAAAUCACACUAAUAUGAAGCUUCUGUAUGGUAAAAGUGAUGAAUUGGUCAUACGUGACCCAUUUUGUGUAUAUGAGGGACACCUAGCAGCAAUUCAACCAAUCAUACAGACUCUACUACAUCCCAGAGGACUUCAAAAUUAUGUGUAAUUUAUAUUUUGUUUUUCCUCUUUAUUCCAAGAAAACCAUGUUCCAUCCCUCUAUUUGUGAUAGUGGUGUUAAACUUGUGUAUUACUAUAGGCUAAUAUAUGUGUUGUGUAUUUGAUGAGAAUAUCUUAGAGAACAUAUCAUAAUGCAGGUUAGAGUCUGCAGAUGACUGACUGUGUAAUGUGCUUAAGUCAGAUCCAAUUCUUAAAUGGAUGCGAGACAGAGGCCAGAAAUAGGUAAGAAAAUAUUAAGUUACUAGUGACUUUUUUGGGUACUCUGCUGUCUCGUUUAUCUACAUAUCCUCAAUGUGUAGAUAAAUUUUAGACAGAUUGUAUGAUGGUGCACUUUAACUUGUUAAAUAUAGAUCUGGAGCGAUCUUUUAAUUUGUGAUAUUCCUUAGCAUAUCAUUGCCAAAAUAGACUGCUUGCAUGUGUGGUAACCAUUCCUGAUAAGUGAUUCAAUCUCAGUUCUUUCCAAUUUCUCUCCCAGUUUCUCUCAUUCCUUCUCACUGUAAUUGGUGCUUGGAAUUAGAAGUUAAAUAGGUAUGAAUAAUUACAACUGUCUCAGGACAUUGUUUUAAUUUUUAGGUAAUGUAAGAUUCCAUACCCCUGCCUUCUUUUUCCCAUUGUGUUAUAAGCGAUUUAUAUUUGUAACAUCUUUAAGUUUAUUUUUAUCUGUGACUAAAAAGUGAAAAUGGUUAUGCACACUGUACCUGAGUAUGUAACAAAAUAUCAUACUAAAUAA